CGACAGGGGGCGGGGCAAAUGAUCAAACGUGAAAAAUGGCGUCUCCGAAAACAGUUCCGAAAGAUGCACAGGUUAUGAUCCAGAUUUUGAAAGACAUGGGGAUCACAGAAUAUGAGCCCAGGGUCAUCAAUCAAAUGUUGGAGUUCACGUACAGGUAUGUCACAACUAUAAUAGAAGACGCCAAAAUAUACGCCACCCACGCUAAGAAAUCAAACGUUGAUGCCGAUGAUAUUCGGUUAGCUAUCCAGUGUAGAAUGGAUCAGUCCUUCACAUCUCCACCACCGCGAGAUUUUCUUAUGGAAGUUGCCAGGCAGAAGAACUUAACCCCACUACCCUUGAUUAAGCCCUACACAGGGCCACGCCUUCCACCAGAUCGCUACUGUCUAACCGCACCUAACUACAGGCUCAAGUCACUGCAGAAAAAGACGUCCUCGUCCGCAGGUAGAAUAACAGUCCCUCGGCUCAGCGUGGGGGCAGUGUCCAGUCGGCCGAGCACGCCAACUCUCGGUACCCCCUCAGUGCAGACAAUAGGCACUAAAGUGGGAACACCAAUGUCAUUGACAGGUCAGCGCUUCACUGUCCAGAUCCCCUCUUCACAGGCUGCCUCUGUCAAGUCAGCUACCCCGACAACCCCAGGCACAGUCCAAAAUGUCCUUAUCAAUCCCUCUCUCAUUGGCUCCAAAAACAUCCUCAUCACAACCAACAUGGUGUCUCAGAACUCAUCCAGCGAAUCAGGAUCUCUGAAAAGAAAGCAUGAAGAUGAUGAUGACUAUGAUGCCUAAUGACCCCAUGUAUAAGUUCUGUCAGUAGAUGCUAAGUGCUAAAAAAGCUUGUAAAUAUAUUAUACUUUUGAGUUUUGUGUUAAUUCUGCUCCAUAACAUGGUUUUGGUUAUACCAUUAACUAUAGUGUCUUGAGCAAUGCUAAUUUGUUUGUACAUAAAAAAUAAACUGUAGUUGGUAAA